AGCUGGCGGCUCUCCGCGGUUCUUGUUGUGAGAAGUCCAGCAUGGUGCAUGUGGCUCUCCAGUAGCAGCUGUAGGAUUUUCUAAAUAUUGUGAUUAAAGCAGUUUAUCAGCGCGCGUAUGGUAAUGAGAUCUGAUUGGUUAUUCUUUAGAGGUUUAACAUGGAAGUGGAAAGAGAUUUUAUGAACAGUCCUCCAAUGAAAACAGUGCGAUUUGGAAGCAGUGUAAUCAACACGUUAGCCAAGGUGAAACAGGGAGAUACAGGUGAUUAUGAGCUGAUAAAGCAUCAACUUGCGGACCCGGACAUCAAGGAUGCUCAGAUUGUUAACUGGCUGCAGGAGUUCAGGAGCUGCGUCACUAUGCUGGGAAAAGAACACGAGCAGCUGAUCUAUUCUGUCCUGAGGUUGCCGUGGCUGGGCCGGAGUCCGGCUGUAGUGGACGAGUAUUUGGCGUUCCUCGGUAACCUCAUCUCAGCACAGACAGUUUACCUCCGGCCGUGCCUCCGAAUGCUGGUCUCCAAUUUCACACCCAAGAGAAUAAAAAUCCAGGAGGGAAAUGUCGAUAUUUCUGAUUCUGACGACGACGACGAGAAUCUCCCCCGGAUAUUUGAUCAGUGUCAUCAGGCCCUGCAGAUGAUAGCAAGAUAUGCCCCUUCCACCAGCCGGUUCCUUAUGCCAAUCCUCAGUGAGAACUUUCCUUUUGUGCAGAAAUCAUCCAGAUCCUUGGAGUGUUAUGUCCAUAACCUGCUGAGGAUUGCAGUGUAUAUCCCCACUCUGAGGAGGGACGUGCUGGAGCUCAUCAUCAGUAAAAUGCUCACGCUGGAUGUGAGCGCCCCCCGCAGUGAGAUUGAGGAUGUGGAGAGCUCAGGCCAAGAGAACCAGAGCGGAGAUGAUUUCUUAUUCGACAUGGAUGAUGAUGAGGAUUCUCCGCUGAAGAGCUCUCAGUCUGUGGACGGGAAGCCUAUGCUUCACCCCAUAGCAGAAAGACUGGACACACUCAUGAGUGUCCUGCUGGCCUUCAUCAAAGACAUGUGUCAUGUUAAUGGUUCUCUGGAUGUGGAGAUGGCUAAAGGUGUUUACAGAGACCUGGUGUGCAUUUUUGAUAAGCUGAUGUUGCCCACACACGCGUCCUGCCACGUGCAGUACUGCAUGUUCUACCUGUGCAGCUUCCGCCUGGGUUUGGCGGAGGCGUUUUUGGAUCACCUGUGGAAGCUCCUGCAGAGCCCCUCCCAGCCCCCGGUGCUCAGACAGGCUGCUGCAGGGUACAUGGGCAGCUUCCUGGCCAGAGCAAAGUUCCUGCCCAUCCCAACGGUUCGGGCGUGUCUGGACCUGCUGGUUCCGUGGCUCCAUCUGUACAUAGACAGCCAGGACUCGGGUUCUAAAGCUUUCUGUGAUGUUUCACUGCACGGCCCGUUCUACUCCACCUGCCAGGCCGUCUUCUACACCCUCAUCUUCAGACACAAGGCCAUGGUGGAGGGCAACAUGAAGAAAGGUUUGGCGUACCUACAGAGUCUGAAUCUGGAGCGGAUCGUGAUGUGCCAGUUAAACCCUCUGAAAGUGUGCCUUCCAGCCGUCACUAACAUGUUCGCUGCCAUCACCAGGAAGUAUCAGUUAGUCUUCUGCUACACCAUCAUCGAGCGAAACAACCGGCAGCAGCUUCCGAUCAUCAGGAGCUCAGUGGGCGGAGACUCGCUCUCCACCAACACCAAUCCUCUGGACACAUUCUUCCCCUUUGACCCCUACCUACUGAAGAGGUCUGGGAAGCUGUUUGAGUCUAUCUAUCAAGUGUGGGAAGAGCCGUCAGACUGCAUGGUGGAUGUUGCAAGAAAGGUUGAUAGAAAGGUCUCUGCAGAUGAUGAGGAUGAUUUCCUGCAGUCUGAAACCCCUCGGAGUGAUGUGAUGAUGGGCGUAACUCCUGGCUCCUACGACUCUCACCUGCGGAGCCCCAGCAGUGUAGGGUCCCCACCUAUAGCCUUCCUACAGAGGCCGUUCUGAAACACUCACCUGAACAUAAUUUAAACAUGCAGUUUGCACAGUGCAAGACGACUUCCGUCGUGUGGAGAUACAUAAGCCUAGGGGAGGCCGAUAUGACAUAAAUACCUUAUUAUGAUACGUGAUAUUUUUACCACACAUACAGUACAGUGCAGAUGUUUCAGGCAGCUAAGUAUACUGCUUAGGAAAUAUUUAUCUGUGCAGUGAGUGCGUUUCUGUGUUUAUAUCAGGUUAAACGUGAUAUAUUAGUAAAACAGAUGAAGGAAUAAAUACAGUAAACAAGUCUGAAGAGCCUGAAGAGUCUGGGAACAGAUUUGUCCUGGAUAGCUCAAGCUAGUACAGUUUUUGGAUUAGUACUGCAGAAAAUGGUGUCCUGUGGACUCUGAGUGAUAUAGUUAACUAAGGCGUUAUCACUAUGGUCUGAGGAGCACUGGUUCGAAUGAUAAAUUGUACUGCUUUGUCAUCAGCAGCUGGAGUCAGAGAGGGCACAGCUCUCCUUGCUCUCUCUUUGUGGGCAGAUGGUGCUUUUUUUCUCACAUCACUUUGUGUAUGAUGUUUGUCAGAAGAGGCAUCUCUUUGCUGCUGUAUCAGAGCUGGGGAUCAAGUUCUAGCUGUUCAAGUGAUGCUACAUUAGCGGUGGCUCACUUCACAUGUAUCUGAGACGGCAUGGGUAAUCAGCCUUUCAGAUUGUGUCAAAACUGGGGCGAUGGGGAAUAAAUAAAUUAAUAAAUACUGGGCUGGGUGAGAGAAGCUUUAGAAAUGGUUAAAGUGGUAAAACCUCUGCAUACUGUAUUGAUGUAUUAAUAUGAUAUCAUCUUAAUAUUCGUUUCCAUUUAUUGCAUCCUUUACAUGGAGGGGGUUGUUUAAAGGCUUUUUUUUUCUUUUCUUUUUUUAAAGUAAAGCCAGAAAUUCUAGAAAGAAUGAUCCCCAACAAAUGUAUCUUCACCACAACACAAAGGAAAGAGUUCUGUACAGGUUCUAGUCAGAACUAUGUCAGCUCAGAGAACCAUUUAAAUGCCUAAACGAUUCCUUUUCUGUUUAAAUGAAUCAUGUAUAUAAAAAAAACAUAUAUUUAAUGUUCAACGACAAUGGUUCUAUAUAGCACCAUUAUAUCAUACAGAGCCCAUUUUCAGCACCAUACAGAAUAUUUUUUGACAUUAGGUGAGAUUAAGUGUUUUACCCUGCAGAUAAACACAUUUUUAAUUCUAAUUUUAGUAGCUGUCUUAACAGUGCUUUAAUACCUACAUUGUUGAGUUCAGACUUUAGGGCUUUUAGUUUUGGUCCAAAACAAAAUUUGGCCAAUUAAAAGAGGUGGUCUCAGUACAGAUCUCAAUACAGAACAAUGGAUCUGGUUCCUCUGCUGGUUCCAUCUUUCAGACUAGUUACAGAAAGUUAAAGCACUUUAUCCUCAGCCUUUUUAAACAACAUGGUAGCAAAAGAACUGGUGUUUGUGCUGACAUCUGACUCCCCUUUGAUUCCUGUAUCUACUGUAACUGUAGAGUAACCCUGUUUUUAAACGGAAUUUAAAGGAACCUGAGGGUAAUCCGAUAUGCUGAAUUUGCUGUGUAAUGAACAUAUAUGUAAGAGGAGUCAGAUCUGGCAGGAAGGCAAAAUUCAGCACAUCAUCAGGAAAGGCAACUUUCCACACUGACAACAUUCAAUAAACCAAUCCGUGUGAAGUAUAGGGAGCUGCGACCCUUUAGAGUGUAGGAAAUGUGGUUAGAUCACUUGCUAAAACUGCAGUAAAACCACAGGCAGCAAAAUCAUCCUGAGAAAUAACAUCAGCACUGUUUCACUAUAUCAUAAUAUGAGCUUUAAUAACCAGGCAGAAAGCCCAGGCAGUCAGACUUCAGCAGAACACUGUGUAAAGAGAGCUUUUACUGCAAUGUAAUGAAGCAUCCAAUUGGUCUGUGAACGUAAAUACUAAUAAGUUCACAAUAUACACAGACAUAUACACAGAAAUCAUAAUGUGAAGUGUGGAAUAUAUCACUGUAAUCUUAAAUCUGGUCAUAUUGCCCACUCGUAUGGUUGCCUCACAGCUCCAGUACAGAAAUGAAGACAGUCAGACAGCAGGAGACCACAAGGGGGCGCUCAUAACACACCAGAAUUGGUCUGAGUUGGCUUUUCCUUCUCAUCAGCUGAACUGUUUAUAUAAGAUCAUUUAUUUAUACACGAUCACGUCUUUUAGGAGCAGUAAGAGGAAACGCCUGGUGUUGUAUAGACACACAGGUUUAUGCACAAGAUUUGAACGUAUUUGUAAUAUAAUUUAUUAUUUAUUACAUAUGAGAAUCUUUGGAUCCUAAAAAAGACAGCAGGAAUCAGAAAAUGAUGUGAAAUGUUAUUAGGAUUAGGAGUUUAGGAGCAGCAUUAUUACAGAGAAGACAGUAGAUUUAAUUCUGUUUAAUUUGAUGUAUUAUAGAUUUUAUUCCUGUGUUUUCACCUUCUGUUAAAAAAAAGAAAAGAAAAGAAAAUGGAGAUUCUGAAUAAAAACAAGUUUGACUGUAA